CACCUUAGGCAUGGCCCUCGACCCCAAGAAGCCUUUGACCAAGCCGCGUGCCGCCUCCACCACCUUAGGCAUGGCCAUCGACCCCAAGAAGCCUUUGACCAAGCCGCCGGACCAUGCGUACGUGCGCAUGGAGCGCGAGCGGCAGAAGGCUCGCGGCGUGACGGCGCUGCCGCCCAGCGAGUGGGCAGACCAGACCCUCCACUACGACCUCGUGCCAAACGACAAGGUCAUCGAGAGGAUGGCUUGGGCGGGCGCCGACUCGACUCUGCCCGACGCUCUCGUGGGGCUGCCCAGCUCUCUCCGCGGCAUCUUCUGGAUCGACCAGUUCCUUCAGAGUUCCAUCGGCAAGACCGCAGCCUUCACCGGCCCGGACAAUGGGCUCUUCACGGGCCAAGGCAAAAACAAGCUGUGGUCGUGGCGGUGGAACACGCAGUCGACCGAGACGCUCGCCGCCUUUGGCGACUGGCCCGCGGAGUGGGUUUCGCACGAGAAGCAGGCGACGCUGCCCGACGGGCGGCCAAACCCGCUCGGCACGCUCAGGUACGUCCCCAACGGCGGCGGCAGGCGCGGCCACUGGACGUUCGGGAAGUACAUGGCGUCUGGCAUCUACGGCGCCUGCUGCUGCGUGGACCCGCUGCUCAAGUGCUGCUGCUUCCCCGACACGUUCAUCGGCUACACCUCGGUCAACGUCACGUGGGGCCUGCGCAUGAACUCUGACUUUCGCUUCAACGUGCGCGACGAGAUCAAGGACGAGAAGCUCAACCCCGAGGGGCUCGAGAUGAUCCUCGACAUGGCAGCGGGCGACAAGUUCGUCAACACCGCGCCCCUCUUCGAGAUGCGGAUGCAGUGGCGCCCCUAUGGGUGGGUCCGAACAACCCACACCAUCGAGGGCGCGGGCAAGGACCUCUCGGCGGAGCAGUGGGCCGAGCUGAAAGGGGUGCUGCCGCCGCCCUUCUACUACGGCCUCAAGAAUGGGGGCGUGUGGGGCGCGACGCAGUACCCCGUGAUCCAGAUCGUCGACGAGAAUGGCGACAAGACGCCCUACUACGCCGAGUACCUCGAGUGGGCCCGCCGCGUCAACCCGCAGGGCCAGUACAUGGGCACCUUCAACCCGGAUGCGACGGGGCCCAAGUGCUGCGAGAGGUGCGUCGGCGGAAUAAUGACGCCGAUCAUGUCGUGCAUGCUGGACUGCGUCUCGGGCGGGCCGGUCUGCCCCUGCACGCCCUGCGUCACCUGGGCGGGCUGCUGCCCCUGCUGCUGCGCCGACUGGUCGCCGUGCUGCGAGGCCAUCGGCGAGUACGGCGCGUGCCCCUGCACCUGCCUGUCAAGGCUGCCGAUGACCAAGUCGAACGUCAUGCCCGACCCCGAGUUUGAGACGCUGCCAGCGGUGGAGCACCCGCUGCAGCGCGGUUUUGUCAGGCUGCAAAACAUGCACCGCGAUUGACACGUGUGACAGGCGUGCGUGUGCCUGUCCGCAACGCGGUACUGUCUAGCCCUAGAUACGUGUCUACUGAGCUGACUGCGAUCUGUGUGUCCGAGGCCGGCGCCCCCGCCACUUCGCCCGCGGGGGCGCGCGGCCAGCCCGGCCGCGCAGCCGCGCGCCGCGGGGGGCGGCGUGCCGCGCCCUCCUCUGACCUCUCCCGCCGCCCCCGCGGCAGCGGCGCAGCGGGGGGGGGGGGCGCCUGCGAGAGAGAGCAGAGAGCGCGCGCACGGCGGGCUCCCGCGCGCCGCCCCCCGUUCGUUUAUUUUGCAUUCGUGGAUUAAUUAA